GGAUAUAUGAUAUAUUGCAUUUAGUUCACUGAAUUAGAAUGUGAAUAUGUUACUAUAUAAGGAUUAUAAAGAACCAUUUUCUGAUUGUAAUGAUUAUUUUGAUGAUAAUGAACUUAGUUCUUCUCCUUCAAUUUCAGAUGAAGAUAUUGAUUUUAAUUUUGUUUAUGCAUUGCAUACCUUUGUUGCUACAGUAGAAGGACAAGCGAAUGUUAUUAAAGGAGAUACACUUAUUCUUUUAGAUGAUUCUAAUAGUUAUUGGUGGUUAGUGCGUCUUGCAAAAGAUCAAACUGUUGGAUAUCUUCCUGCUGAGCAUAUUGAAACUCCUUUGGAGAGACUUGCAAGAUUAAAUAAAUAUCGUAAUGCUGAAAUAUCUUCUGUAACAGCUGAGGAACCCAGAAGCGAUUCAAUUUCUUAUAAUAAUGCACAUGUGUGUAACAAAGACAAUAAACUGGUUGUAUUUUCUGUACCAACUUACAUUGAAUAUGUAGAGGGUGAAUGGGAUGAUAAUAGUAAAUGUGCAGAUGAUGAUUUUGAAAUAUCUGAAGAGUGUGAGAUACAUGAUUAUAUAAAUGAUGAUAGUGAUAAUUAUGAUGAUGACAUGUGUACAGAUUUCAAUACAAGAGAUACAAAUAAGAUACAGAGAAAAUGUUAUGAAAUGGUUUUAUACAAUAACUCUCAAAACCUACCUAUUGCACCUGACUCCAAUGAUAUAAUAGGAAAUAGUUAUCAUAAAGAAUGUAAUGAUAUAUCUGAUAGAGUGUGUAUAAAUAAAUGUAAAAAAAAGUCUAAGGGAAAAUCUGGUGGAAUGUCUCAGAGAAAUGAUAAAAAAGAUGAAAUAUGUAAAUCUCUACGCAAGAGUUAUGAUAGUUUAGAAAAUUUAAGAUUGGAAAAUAAUUCUCAGGUACAUGAUGCUUUAAAAAAUGACGAUAUAAAAUGUAAUGUGACAUCUCUUUCUUAUGAUAUAGAUAAAGGAAUUUAUGAAAUUUAUGACAAUAAUAGUGAUCACUUUCAUCUCUUAAAUGAUAUUAGAUACGAUACUGUAUUAGGUGCUAGUGAGGUUUAUAAUAAGAAUAUAUAUUUAUCUAAAGGUGCUCUUCGUGAAUACUUUGAUCAGAGAAAAGAUUUGGAAUUGUAUUUUUUUGUUAAUUCUAUGUUUUCUUUUGACAAAAAUGAAAAUAUUAUUUAUCCAGAAAUUCAUGAACUUUAUGUCAAUAUACAGUUUGAGUUGGAAAAAAUAUCACAGCAACUAGAUACGAUGCUUAUAAAAUUUAAAUGCUAAUUAGUUAUAAAACUUAAUAUAAGCGAUAAUAAAUAUUAAUUUAU